CUCACACACACACACACAAGGCUACCAGCCAGGAACCAGGGGUGGAUUGGGAACGCCCCCGCUGUGAUUCGGUACCGCCCCGUCGGGACGCCCCGGCUCAAAAGCGGGUACCGGCGGAGCUGACGUGACUGCCGGCCGGCUCUCUGAUGCAUCCCAUUUACAAUUUCGCAGGCCGAUCCGGAGGUGAGCCUCGGAGCCCCCAACAUCCUCUCCUCGUCCACCUGCCAGCCUGCCAUUAUGGCGUCCGCACUCCGACGCUCCCUCGCCAGAGCAGUCGCUCCUGGCAGCCGCGCAUUCGCCACCCAGUCCGACCACCCCACAGCAGCAGCACAGCAGCCCGCCCGCGCCCGCCCGACAUACUUCAAGAACACAACCCUCUCCUCCCUCGACUCCUUCAUCGCCGACCGGUCCCCCGACCCGCCGCUCGCCCAGGCCGACGCCUACGAGCUCCGCACCGUCGAGGUCGGCCCCGCCGGCCGCAAGAAGACCAUCACGCGCCUGCCCGAGUGGCUCAAGACCCCGAUCCCCUCGCCCGGCGCAAACAAGAACUUUGGCAAGAUCAAGGCCGACCUGCGCGGCCUGGGGCUGCACACCGUCUGCGAGGAGGCCCGCUGCCCCAACAUCGGCGAGUGCUGGGGCGGCGACAACAAGAACGCCGCCACCGCCACCAUCAUGCUCAUGGGCGACACCUGCACCCGCGGCUGCCGCUUCUGCAGCGUCAAGACCAACCGCCGCCCCGCGCCCCUCGACCCCCACGAGCCCGAGAACACCGCAGAGGCCCUGGCCCGCUGGGGGCUGGGCUACGUCGUCCUCACCAGCGUCGACCGCGACGACCUCGCCGACGGCGGCGCCCACCACUUCGCCGAGACCAUCCGCCGCAUCAAGUCCAAGAAGCCCACCCUGCUGGUCGAGGCCCUCACCGGCGACUUCCGCGGCGACCUCGACAUGGUCAAGGUCGUCGCGGAGAGCGGCCUGGACGUCUACGCCCACAACGUCGAGACCGUCGAGGGCCUGACGCCCUACGUCCGCGACAGGAGGGCCACCUUCCGCCAGAGCCUCGACGUGCUGUCCGAGGUCAAGACGCUCAAGGGCGACGGCAUCAUCACCAAGACGAGCAUCAUGCUCGGCCUGGGAGAGACCGAGCCCGAGCUCUGGGACACCCUCAGAGAACUGAGAAAGGCCAACGUCGACGUUGUCACCUUUGGCCAAUACAUGAGGCCCACCAAACGCCACCUCAAGGUUGAGAAAUACGUCACGCCAGAGGAGUUCGACAUGUGGCGCAAGCGUGCCCUAGACAUGGGUUUCCUCUACUGUGCGAGCGGGCCCCUCGUGCGGUCGUCGUACAAGGCAGGCGAGGCAUUUAUUGAGAACGUCAUCCGAAAGAGGGCUGGCGAGAAGGCUGCCGCCACAGCCUCCAGUGGUGUCGACGCUGCUGUUGCGCUCGGGCAGGACAAGAACAACUCGCUGUAGACCAUGUACCUGAGCCUCCUUCAGUUGCGUGGUAAUCCGUCUAUUGGUUUUUAUUGUAUUUUUGGUGUUUGGCAUAGAACCCCGGAUUGGAAAGAAUUGCAUUGGACUGGCGCUGGAUAGAUAUAUGGCAGUCCUCAACACACGGCCGCGCUGGGCCACGGUAGUGGCAGUUGCUUUGCUGUGGCACGCUCCGCCAAGGCUAUACAGGUGACGUUGUCCGGAGGCAGCAUCUCAACAAGCUGCUUAUUGCCAAAAACAAAAAAUGGAUGCUCGUUAUGCAGAGGGAACAGCCAUUGAUUUGUUUGGCCACUUCUCACUCUCACUCCUUGAUGACCACCGCGCUGCUAGGUACCUAGGUAGUCUUGUAGUCUUUUGUUUAUGGGCGGCAUCCCACACUUUAAUCAAGCAAAUUUCACCUUCA